AUGACCGGAGGAGCAGAGGCCGGCCGACGGAAAGCUCGAUUCCAUCCAUCCUUUCAAGCUUGCGAAACUCCGUAUCUCGUGGACUUUCGAAGGCAGAUUGCUACUGAAUCGGGUCUCUUCCUUCGCAAGGACGGGAAGAAACGCGGCGAUUUGGGCCUGACUCGACUUGAACGGACACCGAUAAGACGCGAGUACGAGGGCGAGAAUCUGGCGAAGGCAGGGAAGCUGAGUGUUCCUGUGUCUCGAAUUGGGAAGGCGCAACGAUGGCCUGGUCACGGGGCCAGAAGAGGAUUUGAGGGGAUUCCGGUUCCCAAGACUUUCUGUCUUCCACCGUCUCGCGCUCGAGUGCGUCUUCUGCAGCACCUCUCUGAGGAGAAUGGGGGCGAGGCAGCUACUCAAUGCCGGCGUGUGAAGAUCCAGCGAUGGAUGAAAACCGUCCUAGCGAGACCCCGACGCGCAUUGGAAGGCCGGCAGGGAGGUGCCGGCCAGGGAACGAAGGCUUCAGCUCUUGAUUUUUCUGCCUGCGAUUUCGCCGUUGGCGACGCCACUGCCAUUUUCAGCGCCCACGCACGAGAACCCGCUAGCACCCCCGAAACCAGCGAUCUUACACUGGAAGUCUGCGAGAGUGGCGCGUAG